GAGUGCCAGCCUGUCGGCCUGCACGCUGUUUUCCGAGGGGGCGGUGGAGCCCAUGCAGAUUGACGUCGACCCACAGGAGGAUCCCCAGAAUGCGCCUGAUGUCAACUACGUGGUGGAGAACCCCACCCUGGACCUGGAGCAGUACGCGGCCAGCUAUAGCGGCCUGAUGCGCAUUGAGCGGCUACAGUUCAUUGCUGACCACUGCCCACCACUGCGGGUGGAGGCCCUAAAGAUGGCCCUCUCCUUCGUGCAGAGGACCUUCAACGUGGACAUGUACGAGGAGAUCCACCGCAAGCUCUCGGAGGCCACCCGGGAGCUGCAAAAUGCACCGGAUGCCAUCCCUGAAAGUGGUGUCGAGCCCCCGCCUCUGGACACGGCCUGGGUAGAAGCCACACGGAAGAAGGCUCUACUGAAGCUGGAGAAGCUGGAUACAGACCUGAAGAACUACAAGGGCAACUCCAUCAAGGAGAGCAUCAGGCGCGGCCAUGAUGACCUGGGUGACCACUACCUAGACUGUGGGGACCUCAGCAAUGCUCUCAAGUGUUACUCUCGGGCCCGAGACUACUGCACUAGCGCCAAGCACGUCAUCAACAUGUGCCUCAAUGUCAUCAAGGUCAGUGUCUACUUGCAAAAUUGGUCUCAUGUGCUGAGCUAUGUCAGUAAGGCUGAAUCAACCCCAGAGAUUGCCGAGCAGCGUGGAGAGCGGGACAGCCAGACCCAAGCCAUUCUCACCAAGCUUAAGUGUGCUGCAGGCUUGGCCGAGCUGGCCGCACGCAAGUACAAGCAGGCGGCCAAGUGCUUCCUGCUGGCCUCAUUUGAUCACUGUGACUUCCCUGAGCUGCUUUCCCCCAGCAAUGUGGCCAUCUAUGGUGGCCUGUGUGCUUUGGCCACCUUUGACCGGCAGGAGCUACAGCGCAAUGUCAUCUCCAGCAGUUCCUUCAAGUUAUUCCUGGAGCUGGAGCCUCAGGUCCGAGACAUCAUCUUCAAAUUCUACGAGUCCAAGUAUGCGUCGUGCCUGAAAAUGCUGGAUGAGAUGAAGGACAACCUGCUCUUGGACAUGUACCUGGCUCCCCACGUCAGGACCCUGUACACCCAGAUUCGCAACCAUGCCCUUAUCCAGUAUUUCAGCCCCUACGUGUCCGCUGACAUGCACAAGAUGGCUGCAGCCUUCAACACCACUGUGGCGGCGCUGGAGGAUGAGCUGACACAGCUCAUCCUGGAGGGACUCAUUAACGCACGCAUUGACUCACACAGCAAGAUCCUGUAUGCGAGGGAUGUCGAUCAGCGCAGCACCACCUUUGAGAAGUCCCUGCUGAUGGGCAAGGAGUUCCAGCGCCGGGCCAAGGCUAUGAUCCUGAGGGCAGCCGUGCUGCGCAACCAGAUCCAUGUCAAGUCCCCUCCCAGAGAAGGGAGUCAAGGAGAGCUGACACCGGCCAACAGCCAGUCCCGUAUGAGCACCAACAUGUGAGGGGUGCAUGCUUCUCCCUGCCCCCAGGCUGCCUACCUGCAGCCACUGGACACCAGCCCCCCACACCCCACACCUGUUUUGGGGUUGGGGAAGCAGGUGGGUCCCUAUCUGAGGCUCUUGGGCUCUAUUCCACAUAGACUGCAGUGCCUGGCUCUGGUGGGUGCACGGGCCCGAGCCCCGCCCCUCCUGUCCUUGUGCUGUUGUUGGGUACAGGUGCGUUGCUGCCUCCCUGUCCAUUAAAGAGCAGACUGACCAUU